AUGAGGAUGACGUGCACAGGUGCGGGCGGUGCCAGGCAGAGUUCUCAUCGCUGGAGGAGUUCGUGCAGCACAAGCUGCGCAAGGGCUGCCAACGCGGCCCUGAGCCCGGCCCUGCCGCAGGGCUGCUCGGCCCCGACCGGCACAAGGUCGUCCCUGCCGUUGAGGAGUCCAUCACUGUGGCUCACAUUGUGGUGGAAGCAUCUUCCAUAGCAGAGGAGAUCAGCAGUGCCUCAGCCAUCGUAGGCAGUGGGCACAUCAAAGAAGUCAUUGUAGCAGGAGACCAUGUGUUUGAGCCCCGCCGAGGCAAUGGGGAGGUGAGUGAGGAGCAGGGCAGCCCCGAGGGGCAGGAACAGGACGUCUCCUCAGAGCUGAUCAAGGUGAAGCUGCUGGUCAACAAGGAGGGCAGAUAUGUGUGUGAGCUCUGCCAGAAAACAUUCAAAACUGCCAGCAUCCUCAAAGCUCACAUGAUCACUCACAGCAGCAGGAAGGACUAUGAGUGCAAACUCUGUGGAACUUCCUUCAGGACAAAGGGCUCUCUGAUCCGGCACCACCGGCGACACACUGAUGAAAGACCUUACACAUGCAAGAAAUGUGGGAAAAGCUUCCGGGAAUCAGGAGCUCUGACUCGGCACCUCAAAUCCCUGACGCCCUGCACCGAGAAAAUCCGCUUCAACGUGGCCAAGGAAAUAGUCGUCAGCAAAGAUGAUCUGCCAACAGGCUCCUGUAGCUCCACCACAGACACUGUGUCAUCUAUAGCGAGCGAAUCCCUUGAGGCCUCUCCUGUCAUCCACCUCGUGACAGAUGCCAAAGGCAAUGUUCUCCAUGAGGUCCAUGUGCAGAUGCAGGAGCUUCCUGUGGUGAAUGCAAAACCCGUGGAGCAAGAGCAAGAGCAUCCCGAGGAGCUUCCCUGCGAAGGGGAGGGCAACAGUGAGAACCUGCUGAGCCAGGCUGUGAGGAAUUUGGAGAUUGUAAUCGAGAGAGUGGAUGUAGAGGAGGGGCAGAAGUCGGAUGAACCUGCGGCAGCUGCUCCAGUGGAACUUGCGAAUGAAGUGGUGGCUGUGGAAGAGGAGCCCUGUGGGGAGCAGUGUGUUGAAGUGGAGCAAGCAGAGUCUGCACCUGCAGAGAGACCCAACGGGUGCACACAACACGUUUGCUCUCACUGCAGUGAGACCUUCCGUGAAGCUGCUGCCCUGGAAACACACCUCAAAAGUCACACAGAGUUCAAACCUUUCAAGUGUGAGGAGUGUGGCAAGGAGUUCCCCAAGGGCUACUUGCUGAGGAAGCACCAGGAGGUGCACGUGAACGAGCGGCGGUUCCGCUGUGGGGAGUGUGGGAAGCUCUACAAGACCAUUGCCCAUGUGAAGGGACACCGUCGGGUUCACUCAGACGAGAGGCCCUACUCCUGCCCCAAGUGUGGCAAGCGCUACAAGACCAAGAACGCGCAGCAGGUGCAUCUCCGCACGCACCUGGAGGACAAGCCCUUCGUGUGCCAGUACUGCGGCCGCGGGUUCCGGGAGAAAGGCUCCCUGGUGCGCCACAUCCGCCACCACACCGGGGAGAAGCCCUUCAAGUGCUACAAGUGCGGCCGAGGCUUUGCGGAGCACGGCACGCUCAACAGGCACCUGCGCACCAAGG